GCGCAUCGUGCCUUACAUACACAUUAUACAUCCCCUUUAUCGUUCGAAAAAAUUGCAAUCCCGAUUCGAUCGUUCGCGUCGUCGCUCUUUAUUCCUAUGCCCGCAACUCGAUCGCGCGGCUGUCAACGCUCUCGAUCCCUGUUAACAAACGAGCAGAUUAGGGUACUGUUCAAAGUAUACGGCCAGUGUGUUUACCUGCUUUUUUCUUCGGCUAAAGAAAACCGCGUGACUGUCCGGCCGAACGACUGAUCAACCGAGUGUUUUCUUUUUUUCUUUUUUUUCUUUUUCUUGUUGUUUUCCUCGUUCGAGUAACGGGGGAUCACACACGUGGAUCGUGCGAGAAAUAGUAAAUACUUUACGGAGAUUUUUUUCUUUUUUUUCUUGGAACUUUAGAGUAAUUAAUCGUGGAGAUAUCGUGGAGAUGAAAUUUUGAAAGUUCUCCGUUUGAUAAGGUUUCUUUUCGAUUUUUUGUUCGGCGAAGUGGAGUGAGGACGGAUUUUUCAAGGGACGCUGAAGGGAGAGAUCGUGAAGGAGGUUCGAUUGCGUUCGAUUGGAUCCUACGUUUUAAAAAAAGAUGACACAGACGUAGCUGACCGAGGAUGGCUUCCAUCAUGGGGUUACAGCAGCCAGCUGCAUCCCAGGACACCGUGGAUUAUACUGGAUAUUUGCAAUCGACGCAGUGCCAUCAGAUCCAUGGAAGUCAGUCAAACGGACAGAUCCAGUCCGCGCAGAAAUCAUCGUCCAAUGAUCAUAAUACCAGUUUCACCAGCACUAAAGGAUUGCUCAAUGGACCUGGUCAAAACAACUGUUUCCUCAACAGCGCCGUUCAGGUGUUAUGGCACCUCGAUAUCUUCCGGCGGAGUUUCAGGGAGCUUUCCGGACACGCUUGCAUGCGGGAAUCCUGCAUCUUCUGCGCCCUCAAGGACCUUUUCUCCCAGCUGCAGUUUUCGCAAGAGAGCGCGUUGCCUCCUGACACGCUGCGCCGUGCUCUCGCCGAGAGUUUUCUCGAUCAGCAAAGAUUCCAGCUUGGAUUCAUGGACGACGCGGCGGAAUGUUUCGAAAACAUUCUUCUGCGUAUACACCUUCACAUCGCCAGCGGGGAGGCGGAAGACAUGUGCAGCGCCAGACACUGCGUGCCCCAUCAAAAGUUCGCCAUGACAUUGGUCGAGCAAAGCGUUUGCGGAGCUUGCGGUGCCACCUCAGAGCCUCUGCCUUUUACACAGAUGGUUCACUACGUAUCAGCAUCAGCACUGACGUCGCAGGCUCGACAAACACCACCGAAUUCUCGAAACAGUCCCGAUCUUUUCGGUCAGCUCCUUCGAAAAGCCGGAGGCAUGGGCGACAUCAGAGAUUGUCCAAGCUCUUGCGGCGCGAAAAUACAAAUAUGUCGGACCCUGAUGAACCGACCGGAAAUCGUUUCCGUCGGAGUCGUAUGGGAUAGCGAACGGCCUUCGUUGGAGCAUAUCAUGGACGUUUUCGCUACCGUGGGAACGUCCCUCAGAUUGAGCGAUGUUUUCCACAGCGUGGUGGACUCUAGAUGGGGUGCCUCGACCGUGCAUAAUCUCGUUGGAGUCGUUACGUAUUACGGGAAACACUACUCCACCUUCUUCUUCCACACUAAACUCAAGGUAUGGAUCUACUUUGACGAUGCGACCGUGAAGGAGAUUGGUCCACGUUGGGAGCAAGUGGUGGAGAAAUGCAGGAGGGGCAGAUAUCAGCCGCUGCUUCUGCUGUAUGCAACCCCCGGCGGGACUCCAGUGAACACGGAAAACGCCCCGAAAACCGUGACUCCUUUCCCGAACGGAAAUGGGCUGAAGACACCCCCGAAGAAUAAUGUUCGACGAUCGAUCACCCCCAGCCCGGAAAAACCAUCGAUCAACAGCACAGCCAGACGUGCCAUCACGCCCAAUCCCGACAGCCCCCCUCACCCUUAUACGCAGCGUAGGAUUUACAGCGAUUAUCAGAAUCUGACCGAUAUACAGAAUAAUAUAUUUGGAAAUCAAGGUGUUGAUACCGUGGACGGGGAGGUGGAGUCGAAAUAUAUCAGUCGACGCGCGGUCGAGAACGUGAUGCAGCAGCAGAAGAAGCAACAAAUGCAGCUGACACGAAGCCUGAGCGCGGGCUCGACACCGCAGGACGCCAUCAGUAUUCCGGAUCACUUGAACGUGCCGCGGAGGCGGGAUUCCGGGAACUGGUCGGGCGAUCGAAACAGCGCCUCCUCGAGUUCCUCCACGACGAUGGACAAUCCGUAUCUGUACAUCGUCAAUAAAAUGCAGAGGAACUCGGGCGUGCCGAAGAGCCCGACCAGCAAAUCUGGAGAACUCUCGAGCAGCAGCAGCGGCCAUUACGACGCCGGAUACGAUUCGUAUUCCUUGUCUUCCACGGACAGCCUUCCGCUCCAACAGGGUCUAAAGCAUAAUCUGCAGCUUGCCCAGAUCCCGGAAGGCUACCAAGCUUCCUCAGGCGACGACUGCGAACGUCUCUGCAAGGAAACCGACGCGCUCUUGGACAAAUCCCGAGCGGCCGAGGAUGCAGGGGAUCUCAGCACCGCUGUUGCUCUGUGCAGCGCAGCCAGCAGCAAAGCUAGAGCUGCCAUGGACGCGCCGUACAACAAUCCUCACACGAUCACCAUAGCGAGGAUGAAGCACAAUACUUGCGUGAUGAGGACAAGGAGUUUGCACAGAAGGAUGUUGCAGGAGCAAGCAACGGCCAAUGGAGAAAAAGAAGAAGGCGCGCUAGAAGGCAGGCAUUCUCGAGAGAACAGUAAAUCAGGCCAACACUCUCGACAGAGUUCCAGAGACAAAGGGAAUCAUUCCAGGCAAAACAGUCGAGAACUUCUGGUGAACGCUCCAACCGCGGCUAGCGACAAGCCUACCACGAAGAGCAUAGAGAUUUAUGCCACGUUGCCAAAAAAGAAGACUCUGCGCAGCAAGGCGACGGCUGUGAACGUGAUCGAGGAUGAAGAGUACAUGUUGUACGAUCGGCCGAUGCAGAGGACGGGUCUGUUCAGCCGUACGAAGCGUUGCGACGACGACAAAAAGGACAAGAAACGGGCACGCAGCGAGGAGAGGAACAAGAACGUCUCGAAAGACUUCUCCAUCGCGCCCACCCGAUCUUCUCCCUCGCCCAAGGGAGCAAAAGUGGAGAAGUCGAAGGAGAACGUCGACACUAACGUUGCCAACAACGCGAGAAAUUCUCAGUCUGGUAGCACGGGCGGGGAACAGCAGAAACAGGGCAAGAAGCAGCACAAGAUUCGCAGGAAAUUGUUAAUGGGUGGAUUGAUCAAGAGGAAAAACAGAAGCAUGCCGGAUCUGCGCGAAGGGCAGGAUGGACAAACGAAUGCUAGCGCGGAGGGAGCCUCCAACACCUUGCCAAAGCAGUCGGUGGACGAUUCCAGUGUGGGUUUGAAGGGGAACGAGGUGUGCCAAUCUUUGAGCGGUUACCUGUCAGAGGGGCAUCUCGAGUUCACCGGAAAUAGCAACGGGAGCCCGAGCAGUACGAGCAAUCCGAAUCUGGAGAGAAGUCGUCUGAUGAGGAAGAGCUUCCACGGAAGUGCUGGCAAAGUGUUACACGUGGCGAAGGUUCCACCGCCUCCUCCGCUCAGGACCACUUCUCAGCUUAGCAAGUCUAAGUGUUCGGGCGAAGUGCACAACGAGCAGCAAUCCGAGAAAUCGGUCUACCCGGCGUCAGAGGGUCAGUGCAAUCCGUCGAAUCCGUCCCAAGAGCAGAACGGAGCGUAUUGGAAUCACGUGAACGCGACCAAUUCGGCUGGCGGAGCGAAUAGAACGUCCAACUAUACCGACUACUCGUCCGAGUCUCAUUCCCUUCCGUUUUUGCCCUCCUACGCUAUGGAGCAGAACGCUGCGAAUGUAUCCCCCUCGUGUCCAUCGGGCUACAACAGCAAACCGAGAAUUCAAGAUGACGUGGUGCAAUACGCCAAUGGUAUCCUGUACGAGCCCACGUUCGUGGUCACCAGAGCGGAUGUGCACAACGAGCAGAGUCCUGUGAAACAGCAGAGUCAGUUGGACUCGUUGCCUCCCUAUCCCGAGAGCGGGAACGUUUCUCAUUCGAGGCAACCCAGCGAAGAUUUUCCUCCCCCACCGUAUCCCUCUAUUCACUCUGUGUCCCAUUCGAGGCAAGCGAGCGAGGACUUUCCACCUCCCCCGCCACCGAUCGACGAGAGCUCCACCAAUCACGUCCAGGAGAGUCAGCAACAGUACCAGCAUCAAUAUCAACAGCAGCAACAGCAACAACAACAGUAUCAGCAGCAGUAUCAGCAGCAGCAGCAGCAGCUGCAACAGGCGGCCGUGUCAACGCAGCAGCAACGUCAACAGGAAUUGGACAAUCAGCAUAUUAUCAGUCUGUUGUCUCAAUUGCAGCUGAAGAGGGAUCAGAUUAUGACCUGCGAUCCUUCCAGGGAGGAGAAGAGGCUCGAGGAUCAGGAGGAAGAGGAAAAAUCGUCCGGUGUGACCUGGCUGCGCGAGUUGCAAGCUAAACAGGCGGAAAGGAGGAUGAAGAAACAGGGUCCAUUCGAACAGGAUGCAUCUAAGGGCAGAUCGUCCGCUCCUAGCAUACAAGGACCGACGAUCGCUCGAAGAACGAGCGAUCUGAUGAUGAACAGUCUUGGACAAAAUUAUGAUCAGACUAGUCGCGACGUACCUGAUUGUCCAAGAGUUGUUUCCUCCGUGAAAGACAUGGCGGCUAGAUUCGAGCAGAUUAAGCUGCAGCCGGCGAAAACAGAACCCGAACAGAAGAUCUCGACGAAGCAAAAUUGCGUUUCUCCUUCGUUGAUGGAGGGUUCUCAGGAUGUACAGCACGAGGAGGAAUCGAGGCCGAUGAAACUUUCUACGGAAAAUCUGGCGAACUUUACCAAAACUGAAUCGAAUCAGUCGAUCAUGAAUUCGAGUUUCGAGUCGAGCUCGAGUCAGAACAGUUUUAUCUCGACCACAGCUCCGAGUAAUAUCAUGCAAACGCAGCAAAGUGGAUUAAACCAGGCCAUCAUGUCGAUGUCUUUGACAUUGCCACACGAGAAUGGUUUACCUAUUGACUAUCCCGAGGAUGACAUCAGCGAGGUUGCCAUGCAGAAUACUAUUCAGAACACGACGAUUCUUCCAAGCGAAGACGAUAUCGCGCCCAGGAAGGUGAAACGACGAAUAGGGAAGAAAAAGAGCGUGUCGUUCUGCGAUCAAGUCGUCCUGGUGGCUACUGCAGAGGACGACGAGAAAGACUCUUACAUACCCAAUCCCAUCCUCGAAAGAGUUCUACGGUCGGCGAUGAACAAACCGGAAACUGCCCAAGUUCUUCGAGAGAUAAGAAGUCUUCAAGAAGCAGAGAUGAAUCGAGAGAAUUGCGCCCCUACCAAAUUUCAGCAACAAACUCUACCGUUAAAAAGUGAAGCUGACAGUGUUCCCGCGACCCCUUAUCAGGAUCAGUUAAGAAGUGUGAACCCAAUACCUAUCCCAGAAACUAUUAAACCUCCUUUGGGAAGGCAAAAUUCGAACGAAUCUGUUGGAUCGUUGUCAGACAAGAAAUUGUGUGGUUCCUAUGGCAACGAAGGACAAGAUGUUGUGAGAGAUAGUUACACAGGGCUUCCAAAUGUUUCCAAACCACCCACGUCCUACUCCCCUCAACUUCAACAACAGAUAAGAUACUCUCAAAAUGGAUACAUGCCAUAUUUGCAAUCCCAGUCAACGUAUCCUCAAGCACAAAUGUCUCAUCCCAGGAAUCAGGGCAUUCCUCUGUCCCAAACCCAAAAACCAGCCAGCCCUUACCCCACACAAAUUCAAUAUACUCAGAACAACGUGCAGCAACAAAAAUCAAUAUGCCAAAAAAGUACCUAUCAGACUUACUACCAACUCGAGCAACAGCACAACCAGAUGAACAAACAAAUGUCCCAACAACAACAACAACAGCCAAACGUGAACCAGAGAAUCAUGAACCACAAUGCUAGCCCUAUAACCGUUCAACACUCGCAGCAGCAAUUCGCAUACCCGCCAACUCAAUCCCCGAAUCCAUAUCAGAACCAAUACAGCCAUAGUUCCUAUCAAGGUUACUCCUACCAAUCGGUUCCUCAGCACAAUAGAAUAAACCAACCACUUCCGCAGUAUCAGCCACCACCCAAUCCACCAACCUCUUAUCAACAACAACAACAACAGAAUAUGCAAAAUUACCAACAAAGACACGAUAAUUAUCAGAGAUCACCGCAGAAGAUCGAUCAGCAGAACAUAUUGGCGCCCAAUCAGACGUAUCCAAACGCGUUGCAGAACGGUCAAAUCCAGUCGAACAUGAAAUAUCCAACUUACCAGCACCCUCCGGUUUCGAAGCAGAGCAAACAGAUGCACUUCGUCCCUACGUCGAAGGGGAGCUCGACGGUGACCCAAUCCUCCACGUCUUCUUUGCAGAAACCACCCCCGGUCGGAGGCGUUGCCAGGACGGCGCCUUGCCAUCUCUGCCGGAAGAAGCAGGUGACCGAGCCCGCCAUUUAUUGUUCGGACUGCGAUUUUUACAUGUCCCGUUUCCGGCCAAAAAAUUGAUGUUCUCGUCAUGAA